CCAAAAGACACACUACGUGCUAUACCCCACGUACACACCCACAGCCAAUAGAGAUAUGCUACUAUUGUACCUCUCCUACGCUAUUCUUUGGAUCUCCUCCGCCGUUCCGGUAGUUAUCGCCGCCGCCGGGAAGAGCAUUUUCAUCUUGGCCGGCCAAAGCAACAUGUCAGGCAGAGGUGGCGUCGUGAAUGACACCUGGGACAACUACAUUCCACCGGAAUCUUACCCUAAUCUCGCUAUCCUCCGUCUCAGUGCGGACCUCAACUGGCAAUUAGCCACGGAGCCUCUUCACCGUGACAUUGACACCGCCAAAGCAUGCGGCGUUGGGCCUGGGAUGGCCUUUGCAAGUUCGUUGUUGGGAAAGGAUUCGAGCGUUGGGGUGGUGGGUUUGGUUCCUUGCGCAGUCGGAGGGACUAAUAUUAGCCAAUGGGCACGUGGCGGGGAGCUUUACAAGCAGCUGAUACGGCGGGCGGAGGCGGCGUUAGAGGGUGGAGGCACCAUCCGAGGGUUGCUUUGGUUUCAAGGGGAGAGUGACACGGUGAACCGAGAAGAUGCGGAGUCGUAUAAGACAAGGCUGCAAAAUUUUUACCUUCAUGUGCGUGCCGAUCUCCUUUUGCCGGUGCUUCCUAUAAUUCAGGUAGCAUUGGCAUCCGGGGAAGGAGAAUACGUAGAGAUGGUGAGAGAAUGGCAACUAGGAAUGGACCUGGUGAACCUACGAACCGUUGAUGCAAAGGGUCUUAGCCUGGAACCAGAUGGGUUGCACCUCACCACACCAUCUCAGGUCUCUCUUGGCCACAUGUUAGCCAACGCUUUCCUUCAAACACGGCCUUCCGCUCUUGCUCUCACGAGUGGUCAUGUUUCAAGAUUAACAAUCUUCCCAAAGAUUCUUUUCUCUGGGCUAUUCGCUAAUUUCUUAGGCUCGAGACUAUUGUUUUAAUUUUACUUAUUAAUUAAUUGUAAAGGGAAUAUGAUCAUUGAUGAAAGCAUGCAAUGCAUUCAAUUGCACGGAAAAAGCUUUUUACAAACGAUUUUAUUAAUAUAUGGGUC